GAGAUUUUAUACGAGAUCGAGAACUAAACCUCAGAGUUUCAGUCGCCGCCGUCAGAGUGAGUCGAUUUCAUCGGUGUUUUCAACACAGUGUUAGAAGAAUGAAUCAGUACGUUCCUCUGAGUAUAUCGUGCAAGAAACAGUGUAACGUGUAAGUACCAUAGAGCUAUCAUAUAUUGCAUACAUUUUUCCACAUUUAAUUGUAUUUUUUCAAACUGUUUUAGCAAUCGUCGUUACACGCCGUAUGUUACUCAAAGUAGUUAUACGCCAUCCAUUCCUCAAAGUUAUACACCAUCCGUUUCUCGAGAUAAAACUGUUUCGUGCAAGAAACAACAUGAUGCUUCCGAUAAACCUUGCUACACGCCUCGUAUCAUGAGUAGGAGAUUCGCCCUGACAUCCACUGCAUACAAAUACUUGGAUGUUGGAAUCUGCGUGGUAUCUGGUGCAUCCUAUGUGGAAAUCAUUCUCGGCGACAAUCGCGGAAAUCGGAUGGCGUUAGAUUAUUCAAUGUGGACGGAAUUGAAUAAGAAACGCGCAGAAAUUGAGCAGCUCUUGAAAACAGCAGAUGCGUCAUCGCCAUCAACAUCAUCGAUGCAUAUUAACGAUUUAGUUUUAGAACUCGUCACAAUGUACGGCGAAAAAAUUAUAAAGCUAACAUUUAACAAUACUUGCAUGUAUAUGAAAGUACCAACUGUAUUAUUUUUAUUCCAACUCGAACAUUGUGUCGGGCACGUAUAUCGCAAACUGUGUGACAAGUUAGGCGAUAUAGAUCAAAGCUUCGAUCAACUUGUGAGCUGCUUACAUGGCAAUUUGAACGGUGCCGAAAGAGACGAUGCAGUUAGAAUACUGCACAACUGAUAUGACAAAUCUUCGGCCAUAGAUUGUGAACUAAUAGCAUAUGUCGUAGAUGAAAUUAUUGCUGAGGCUUUUAAACGAGAUGAGAACGAUAAAUUUAUAAUUGAAAAUAAAAAUUUAUUGUUUGACUAACAUUUUUCUUCUGUUUCCUACCCAUACAUAUAAGAUUGGGAUAAAUUAAAAAAUGCCACUAUGGUAAAGGGGAAAAAUAUGCUGUGGAAGGGAGAGUGUGCAAACGGAAAGAAGAAAUUCGCACCGUAUGGAUACAUAAAAUUAUAUUUUCAUUUUAUUAUGUAACGAUGCACCCCCCGAUGCACCGUUCCCGGCAUUCCACCCGGCGGAUGCCGCCCGACCGAACACCCGUCGGGCGAGACGCAGGCGCAUAGCGCCUCAUAAGAUCGCGAUACACCGGCGCGGCCCUUAGAAGGGCCAUCUCCUCUCUCUCGCCUAGCUUUGCGGCGGGGGUGCCACCGGGCUUCCCGCCGCGCCCCCUAGUUGUUGUUGGGGGCGGAUGGGUCACGGGUCUCCAGCCCGUGCCCACCCCCAUUCGGUCCUAACCGCAUCCUCGCCUCCUCUUGUAGUCGCCUCUUACGACAGGCAGGGGCUACCCCGGGGCUAUUCGAUAGCGGCACCCGUACGCUCUAAAAAUGGACCGAAUCCUUUCCUUGCACUUUGUUUUGUGCCUAUGACCUUCUUGGGCCAGUUCUCCUCUUCGUUCGUCGCGGGGGAGGAAGUACGGCUAACCAUGACGGUCCACCGCUCCCUCCCCGCGUUAUCACCUGGCCCUAAAGUGGGCCGGUAGUCGGCGUGCUCCUCUCCUUUGGGGCACACCUGCUCCGCCUCGUUGGGAUCCGCCAGGGGGGUCGGCUUCCCCCCUUCGGAUCCGUUUGGCCUCCUCCUUCUGCAGCAUAACAUGCUCGCAGAAGGAGGAGAACGCCUCCCAAGCGUCCUCUCUCUACGUGGCGGCUUUAAUUACCGCCGGGAGAGAGAGGUCCGCACCUAUGAUGUUGGAGAGGGCUCGGCGCUCGUUUGCCCACGCUGGGCAGACUUCCAGAGUGUGCUGCGCCGAGUCCCUCUCCCCGUCGCAAUGAUGACAAUGCGCGGAUUGCUCGCGCCCUAUCCUAUGCAGGUACUCACCGAAACAGCCGUGUCCGGUGAGUACCUGCGUCGUCCUAUAGGAC